CCGACUCCUCACUCUGCUCCUCGACCUGCGCGCUGCCAGCUGUUCACCGCUACUUGUGCUAUCGAAUCCCCGUCCCUGCCACAAUGGUCUCCUUCUCCUGCGAGGGCUGUGGCGACGUCCUCACAAAGAAGAAACUCGAUGGCCAUCGCAACCAAUGCUAUGGCGCCACCUUUACAUGCCUGGAUUGCAUGGUCCACUUCCCUGGCACUUCGUACAAGGCCCAUACGUCGUGUAUAACAGAAGACCAAAAGUACCAGGGCAAACUCUACAAAGAGAAGAAGAAGGGCCCGCAACAGAAGAGAGACAGCGCAUACUAUGACAACUCGCAAACCUUCACGCCGCCCAAUGCAUACGCCGAAGACGCGCCCGCCGAAGACAACGUAGUGGCUAUCGUCGAUGCUCCGCCUCGCGCGCCCACUCCUCCUCCAGCCGCACACUCGCUAGGCUAUCACGAGCAAGCGGCGCUCGAAGCCCCCAAUGUCUUUGACUUCCUCGACCAAUCCGCGACGCCAAUCGCUCCGAAAACCACCGCGCCCAUCAACGAGGCUCGCAUGCUCGAAGACAGCCGCCCGCCCGCGUACGAGGAACAGGACAUGCCUGCAACUGCCAAUGUCAUGAAGUUUCAAGUCACCGAUGACGAUGAGAUCAACGGCCCUUCCAACCAAGUUCGCCGUUCGCGAGAACAACACGAUUCGUUUACCACGCCUGCUCCCAAGAGCAAGCACUCGAGAAACAAGUCGCGCGACACCGAUGUUGAGACGACUGUGAGCAAGACAGACCGCAAGCGCAAGCGCAACUCCCCCAGCGAGCUCGACCUGUCGCUGAUCCGGGCUCAAGAGGAGAAGGAUACUGUCAUGGCCGAUGCCCCUGCCGUGCUUCACUCGGGCCUUACUGGAGGACUGAGCAAACUCCUUGCUCGACCGGAAUUUCCGCCGUCGCCAGACGACUCUGGCGACUAUGCUAACUCGCCACUAAGUCCGAUGAAACGUGCCAAGCAGGACAAUUCGAAGACGUUUAUGCGCGCACAGCGUGACGUGGAGGUGGAGCAGCAAAAGCAGCGAAAGGCUGACACAAAGGCACACAAGCAUGCAGAAAAGAAGGAAAAGAAGGACAAGGAACGUGGUCGUGAACGCGACCGAAAGGAGCGCAAGUCUGGCGGCACCCUUGUAAAGAUCAGGUCCAAGAAGAAGCGGGAGGACUCGACAAAGGAGGUGCGCCGCAUCCGCCGCAGGCAGUACUCUUCUUCUGUUUUACCAGCCCCACAGGACCGCAAAGCUGUCAAGGCCAUUGAGUAUAACGGAUCGACGUCGAAAUCCCCGGAGCCCAAUGGCGAAGGCCAGCUGAUUGUGCGCCCCAAUGCAGACGUUGCGCCCUUGUCGCCCGACUACGACACGCGUGCGGGGCUGUUCAUGUCCUUCAUCAACAAGGGACCCGACUCUGGGCGCGGCUUGAGCGUCCACAAGGCUCUGAAGCGCUACCACCGUGAGCGUGGCGGUCGCGUGCCCUCCAAGGCUGACGAAGAGAAGGAGCUCUGGAAGGACCUGCGCCUCCGAAGAAACGACAGGGGCGAGAUUGUUCUCUUCUUUGCCCCGGCCGAGGCCUCCUGACUAGACGGGGAUCUCGACAUCAUCAUGCGCAUACGUGCAUGGUCAUGCUCUGAUCCAACGCCUAGUCAUGGCUCCAACGAUAUGAUUGAUGUCUGAAAAGUGUUGGCGGAAUAGGGUCUCUUUUGGGGCACGGCAGACUGGUUGUCGGGUCGUCGACGAUGCCAUUCUUCCUGACAAUAUUGUUCCUUGUUUGAUACCCCAUUUGCACGUCAUUGGCUAUUUUGGGUGGACUGGGUGCACAUGCACAUGUACAUUUGAUGUAUUGUCUGUCGCUUUCUGUAUUGCAUGUUAUUCUUUCAGCAUACAUGUACUUGUUGUUACGGCCGUGUCUUGUUUUUGUUUUUCGUCCUUUUUUUCUCUCUUGGUAUCUUUUGGCCAAACCACUUGCCCUAAUACUCUUCUGGGCU